ACGGAGCGGAUUGGAACCCGGAGUCAGGAUUCACUGAAUGUGUAGUCGUUUGAAAAACAGCUUGUCAUAAUGGCAGAGCAGGCCACAGAUGAAUUUAUAUGGUGUGAGGACUGUGGCCAGUAUCACGAUGCGGAGUGUCCUGAAAUCGGCCCUGUGGUCACUGUCAACGACUCACUAGUCCUCAGCAGAGCUCGGUCCUCCCUUCCAGACAGUUUACAGAUCCAGCCGUCGCAGGAGGGUGCGGAGGGAGUGUUUGUCCUCCGCAAGCUGGUCAAGCGCACACGCUUCGGGCCUUUCGAGGCCAAGAGAGUGCCACACCUGGACAAACAAGGCACUUUCCCACUGAGGAUAUUUAAAAAGGACGGUACGACAAUCUGGUUUGACACGUCCAAUGAGGACGAUUGUAAUUGGAUGAUGAUGGUGAGGCCCGCCACUGACCACACCCACCAGAACCUGACGGCCUAUCAGCAGGAUGACGAGGUCUACUUCAACACAUCACAGGAUGUGCUCCCAGGGGUGGAGUUGCGUGUGUGGUAUGGGGCCUUCUACGCCAGGAAGAUGGAGAAACCAGUUCUCAAACCACCUGUCACUUUACCUGCACCAGAGACACAGGUGACGCCCACCACGCAACCUGACACACCUACGCCCCCGCUGGCCAAGGAGAGCGAGGCAGACCAGUUGCUGCUGCUGCACCUGUCCACUGUGAAGGCCGUGGAGUCCCCACUAGUGGAUGCCAAUGACACCCCAGUCCUCCCAGAGUCGACGGUAGACGGCCUGGAGAGCUCACUGGACAUCAAAGAAGCAGCCACCGCCACCGCCGACGUCACACACGCCACCGCCGACGUCACACACGCCACCAUCUCCACGGUUACCCCCGUAGCCGCCCCCGCCAUGACCCCUCUCACUAUCACCGUCACGGAACCCAAGAGGAGGCCUGGGCGAGGUCGAAGGCCAAAGGUCACCAAAGGCAGGGCUGCUGCGGCUCACAAGGACACAGCCAAAGGCUCCAUCCCUGUGGCACAGCCUGAUGCGGCCCUCCCUACCCCCACCCCCACCACAGAUGCCCCUCAGCUGGAGCUGGACAAAGUGGACGAGCAGCACAUGAUCGACGUCGACGGCAAGGAGUUCAAGCUGGUGCAGAUCACACGCAAGACUGGGCUGAGGCGGCAUGUGGGGGGUGGUAGGCCAGCAGGUCGGCAUGGCGACCAUAAGCGCGUCUACCAGUGUGCUCUCUGCAACAAGGUCUUCCAGAACAGCAGCAACCUCAACCGACACAUCCGCUCUCACGGUGACAAACUCUUCAAAUGUGACGAGUGCGAGAAGAUGUUCAGUCGGAAGGAGAGCCUGAAGCAACACAUCUCCUACAAGCACAGCAAGAACGAGUCGGAUGUGGAGCACAGGUACCAGUGUAACACCUGUGAGAAGUUCUUCCGGGUCGAAAACGCGCUAAAGUUCCAUAACUGCAGAACAGACGACAAGACGUUCCAAUGUGAGAUCUGCUCGCGGUUCUUCUCGACCAAUAGCAACCUGUCGAAGCACAAGAAGAAGCAUGGGGAGAAGCUGUACGCAUGCCAGGUCUGCAACAAGAUGUUCUACCGCAAGGACGUCAUGCAGGACCACCAGCGACGACACGUCAUGGGGCCGAAGAGCUUGAGGAGGGAAGAGCUGGAGACCAGCGGGGAGGAGAAUACCAAGUACCGCAAGGAGCCCUCCGCAUGCCCCAUAUGUGGCAAGGUGUUCUCGUGCCGGAGCAACAUGAAUAAGCACCUGUUGACCCACGGAGAUAAGAAGUACACCUGUGAGAUCUGCGGACGCAAGUUCUUCAGAGUCGACGUCCUGCGAGACCACAUACACGUACACUUCAAGGACAUUGCUCUGAUGGACGAGCAGGAGAGGGAGGAGUUUAUCAGGAAGAUCGGCAUCUCCAUGGAAACCAGCGACGACAACACAGACGAGGAAGACGGCAAAGACGACCCAGAGCACCACAGAUACACAUGCAAGAAAUGCCAGGUGACGUUUGCGAAGGGCCGUGACUACCUGAAGCACAUCAUGGACCUGCAUAAGGAGCGCGGCUACGGCUGCGUCAUCUGCAAUCGCCGCUUCGCCCUCAAGGCCACCUACAACGCCCACCUCGUCAUCCACCGCGAGCAGCUGCCCGACCCUGCUGUGCAGCGCUAUAUCCACCCGUGUGAAAUGUGUGGGCGGAUCUUCAACAGCAUUGGCAACCUGGAGAGACACAAAAUCAUCCACACAGGUGUGAAGAGCCAUAGUUGUGAGCAGUGUGGCAAGUCGUUUGCCCGUAAGGACAUGCUGAAGGAGCACCUGAGAGUACACGACAACAUACGAGACUUCCUCUGUGCAGAGUGCGGAAAAGGCAUGAAGACUAAGCAUGCUCUUCGUCACCACAUGAAGCUGCAUAAGGGUAUUAAGGAGUACGAGUGUAAAGAGUGCAACCGCAAGUUCGCCCAGAAGGUCAACAUGCUCAAACACUACAAGAGGCACACAGGUAUAAAGGACUUCAUGUGUGAGCUGUGUGGAAAGACCUUCAGUGAGAGGAACACCAUGGAGACACACAAACUCAUACACACAGUGGGUAAGACGUGGUCGUGUGCGGUGUGUGAUAAGAAGUAUGUGACCGAGUACAUGCUCCAGAAACACAUGCAGCUGACGCACGAGAAGGUGGAGGCCCAGAGCUGCCACCUGUGUGGCACCAAGGUGUCCACGCGCGCCUCCAUGAACAGGCACAUGCGGAGAAAACACCCAGAGGUGGUGAUGGUGAGGAUCGAUGAGUUUGACAGCCUCGGGACCUCCACCAUAGACGCCUCCACCAUCAGCAUCGUGCAGCCCGGCCUGACCCUGGAGAAGUCGUCUCUGGCGGGAGAGAAGCCGGCGCGCGCCUCUCGCCCCUCCAGGAAGAAACAGAAGCUGCUGCCCCCACCAGAGGGCCCCCCCGAACUCAGCUCCGACUCCGACGAGUACGCCGACUUCACAGCCAAAGGAGCCGCCGACUUUGUAGGGACGGUUGGGGACGAGACCAGCUCGGCCGUGCAGAGCAUACAACAGGUGGUGGUCCUGACGGAGCCCAACCCCGCCUCCUCUGCCUCCUCCCCGUCCCCCUCCGUGGGGCUCCCUGGCAUCACGGUGACCUCCCUCGGUCCUCCCGUCACCCCCUGCAGCAUCUCCGGCGCCCCGGCCCAGUUCACCAGCCUGCAGCCGGUCACCGUGGGACCCCUGACGCCCUCCGACCCCUCACGACCCCUGACCCUCGACAGCUCUGGCAUCCUCACCGUGACCUUUGACACCGUCAGCGGGUCGGCCAUGCUGCACAACACCCGCGCGCCGCACGAGCUGACGACGGUGGAGGGGGUCGGGGUCAGCAUGGGGGCACCGGGGGUCGUUGGGGGGUCGACGGUUGCCACUACGGCAGCGGGCCCCCAGUCCGUGGCCCACUUCAUCAACCUCACCACCUUCGUGAACCCCAUCUCCCACCAGCUGGAGCAGCCCGCCCUCACCUGGCGGCCCGUCACCCCUGCCGACGGAGCCCCACACCUGGCCCCGACGACCGCCGGAGCCCUGGACACCAGCCAGACGGCAGUGGUGGUGGAGCAACAGGUGGGUGUGGGAGCGACGGCAGUUCCAGCGCAGGUGCAGGUGCAGGUCCAAGCCCAGGGCACCGUGCAGCAGUUGGCCCCACAGCAGCAGGUGGUGGUGGAGCAGACGCAGCAAAUCCAGGUCCAGGCUUCAGCUGGGCCUACACAACAACAACAGCAGCAACAGCAGCAGCAGCAGGCCGCACAGGCCCAGCAGAUGUUCAGCUACUGAGGGAGAUCACAGCCUGUAGUAGUCUACAAACAGCCUCCCCACUCGCUAGUCGACCCAUGGCUGCAGUCCAUCUACUGUAGGGGGUGCUGUCGAGCGAGCGAGCGCAGCCCAUUCCAUUCUGAAUGGAUUCUGUGCUCCUCCAUUGGCGCCCCUAGAGUGCAGUACCACCCGGAAAAGUCGCUAGUGAACUCUCUCGUCAUAUCCAUACAACCUGAGGAGAUCCUCAGUUGAAGCUCUGGGUUAGCCUUCGUCUGUGCUAGCUAGAUAGCUAGCUAGCUCACAAAACCACAGGUACUGCAGAUGGCUACUGACUAGGGUUGCCAACCGUAUCGUGAAAUACGAAAUCAUCCCAUAUUUAGAAAUAAAAAUUCGGCUUUGUAUCGAGCUGAAACGGGACACAGUUUUGUCAAAAUGCAGGAAAUUGCAGCUAAGAAAUGAAUUAUUUCCUGUGGGAAUGAUGUGACCUCUAUUUGUUUUCACAGACAGUUGGCAACUCUACUACUGACAGAGGUCUAUCUCUGGGCUAUGUAUCUACUCAGAAACUACAGACACUGCAGUUGUUCAGCCAAGGAAAUGAGCUCUUGGUGUCACUAGAGCUUCAGCCGCUGUCUGCUAGCUCAGAUAGGCACACAUGCUAGAUAUUCAUCUCAAAUGCAGACACCACAGUGUAGGUGUAUGUAGAUUAGCACAGCAGACACUUUACAUUACACAUUACAGCAAGUGAGAGACGUGUCUCUCUGGCCACUAUAACCUGUUCAGACACAGACUCAGUUUAUAUCCAGCCAUGAAAUAAUAAAACAACAAAAAAGAUUUUAAA